GCUCAGUACUCUGUUGCUAUCGCCUCGUGCUCUGUUGCUCAGUACUCUGUUGCUUUCGCUUCGUGUUCUGUUGCUGUUGCUUCGUGCUCUGUUGCUGUCGCCUCGUGCUCUGUUGCUGUCGCCUCGUGCUCUGUUACUGUUGCCUCGUGCUCUGCCGUUGCCAUGGCGCUGCACUCUGGCGGCUCAGGUGUCCUCGCUGGUCACGUGACCCUGGUCGUGUGCUGUGUGUUUCCAGGCAGAGGCGGCGAGGGAAAGCAAACAGAGUCCCAUGGUUCAGAGGAACAGCUCCUUCGCCACCUCGCACGAAGUCUGGAAAUACAUCUGUGAGCUGGGAAUCAGCAAGGUGGAUCUGUCCAUGGAAGACAUCGAGACCAUCCUCAACACGCUCAUCUACGACGGGAAGGUCGAGAUGACCAUCAUCGCCGCCAAGGAGGGAACCGUGGGCAGCGUGGACGGACAGAUGAAACUUUACCGCGGCGUCAACGCGGUCAUCCAGCCCACCGGCCUGGUCAGGACGCCCUGCGGUCUCU